CUGUUUUCAACAUAAAAAAGGAAAACUUUAAACAAACUUUUUUUUGUUUUUCGAUUGUGUAUUUCAAGAUGAAACGUUUAAAUCAGAAAAUAAGGGGAAAUAGUUCAUUUUCUGCCUUAAAUUUACCUUUUUCGCUGUGACCCGGAAGUUUACCUGCAAAAAUACAAGCGAAGAAGAACACGAGAAGGAAAAACAGUUGUGUUAGCAGAAGACAUCGGUUUUCAUGCAUGUGGAUAAAUAAAAUCUGGAUUAAUCCACAACUUGUACAAUAAUGGCGUUGCACGAGUUUGCUGAUUUUAUCAAAGCAAAAAGGAUAACUGGAAUGUCAUGUGGCAACAUCGCUGCUGCUUUAUGCCAUGAGUUUGGAACGGCACGGCGGGGAUUUUCUGAGAGAAAUGUGAGGAGGUGGUGCGCUGAACAAGGACUUGUUAAAGAAUUUUGUCCUGACAACCGGCUGGAAAUUGAAAAGGCGCAAAGUAUUUCCGAGGUAUGCAUUUAAUUUAUUUAUGUAGCCUAUAUAGGUUGAUUAUAAAAAUGUGUUGUUGUGAUAUAUACAAUUGCUUAGCCUACCCUAAUUUUUAAUUACACGCAACACUUAAUGUAUAAUUUCAUGUUGAAAGUGAAUAAACCUUUUUCAGACCGGGUCCUCCUUUGGUCGAAAAAUGAUGACCCUAACCCUAACCUGUCUGCUAAGGGGUUGAAAGCUGCGGAGGGCAGAGUGGGAAGAAUCCUGAGAAGCAUUCAUCAACCCUACCACACCAUGAGGCAGCAGGGAGCCCGAAAUCUGAAUCCUGUGUCCUACAAUGCAGAAUACAUGGGUCACAAGCUGCAUGUUGAUCAAAAUGAGAAGCUGGUUAUGUUUGGAGUGACCCAUGUAAUGGCUAUUGAUGGUUUCAGCAAGAAGGUUGAUGGUCAUUCCACUAUGCCGAUAAAAAACAACCUGAUUAUUUAUGAGGAAGUUUACAGAUCUGCAGUGCUUUCUUAUGGACUAUGGGGCCAGAUGAGAGUUGACUGUGGCACAGAGUUUUAUCUUUCCUUAUUCAUCCAGGAAAAGCUGGCAGAACACAGACACAAUCAUGAAAGGCGGCCGUUUGUUCAGACACCUUCUACUCGAAACCAUGUGAUAGAGAGAAUGUGGUCAGAUGUAAAUGCCAGAGUCAACUACCCAUUAAAGACAGCUUUGGUCCAGCUGGUGGACAUGGAGGACCUAGACAUGGUGGACUACACAUCCAAAUAUUGUGUGUCAAACCUAACAUGUCAAAUGGCAGGACUUGGCAUCACAAAUGUCAUCGAGGCAUGGAACGCACACAGGAUCCCAGGGAAAGGAAUACCAAAUGAGCUGGCGAAGGAAGGGUGUCCUGCAAGAGUCCCUGAGGAUCUUCUGCCUGUUGGAGCUGCUGCAGCUGAUCUGUAACAGGAAACUGGAUCUGCUUUGAAAAGGGAAUCCAUUUUUGGAUGUGAUCCAUUUACCUCAGAAGCCUCCAGGCAACGGACUGAAACAGAGUUAGGUUCCCACUUUGACUUAGCUUCACUAUAUCAAAACGUGGUAAACCAUAAUUAUGAACCUUUCCAGGAUGCAGUAAGAUCUCUCAUUGAUACCACCAGAAGAUGUGUGUGAGUUGUAGAGCCUGUGUUACACAUGCUUAGAUCAGGUUAAUAAAACAAUUCUGUUAACAAAAUGUUUAUUAACUGUAAAAGGUGUUACAGAACAAAAUGUUUAAUACAGUUUCAUAUAACUGUUUUAAGUGCAAUAAAAACAUUCAAGUAACUUUGAAAGUGCUUUUAACAUCUCCAGUAGAGGAAUGUAACCUACAACGUGGUUAGACCUUACACCACAACAUUACAUUUUAGAACCACAGAAUAAACUGGUUGUGAUAUGGAAGAACAAGGAGCCAUAAACUUUAGCUUAUUUGUUUUAAGACGGGGAAAACAUUGUUUUAAGCUUUUUGGCAACAUUUUUCCUGAGAAAAUGAAUGACUGUUCCAUCAGUGACUAUUCUGUGUGCACCUCUUUGAAAAAGGCUAAAACGGCACUAAGACCUUUGACCUCAUGUACCUUGAACUCAAAGUCUUCUGCUCUGCAUUUCAGACAGUAGUUUGUGUUCAACAGCCACUGCUCCACACACGUUUGGCAUCCCAGUAGAGACUGACAGCAUGUGGAAAACAUCGGCUUGGACAUCAGACCUAAACGGGAUUGAAUAAACAAAAGCAUUAUUAGAUGCAGUGAAAAUAUUAAAAAUUACUGAAUAUGCAAUACAAUUACUAUUUGUGUUAUACACACUU